AUGAUCGCGAGUCUGGUGGGUAAAAUGGACAAGGAUGUUGAGCUGCCAAUAUUUACUUCCCUUGGGAUGUUCAUUAUUGAUGAGAUCCAUUAUUUAGAUAAGCCUUCUGUUUUUAAUAUCAUCGGCGGCGGUGGUUUUUUUGGUCUCUUUGGAGCUAGAGUGGCAUUAUCAUUCAACAAUACAAGAAAAGCUGGAUUUAUAUUAGACGCGGGCUCUGAUUUUCCUGCUGAAAUUAAAGACAUCAUUUUGAGCUGGCAAACGAGUACAAUCAUUAGAGACAAUCCAGAAAGAUUAACUACCAGAGGUUGGAACAGUUAUGGUGAACAUGAUUUCCGUGAAUUCAAAUAUUUGACUCCCAAGAAACGAAUUGAUAUUCCAGAUAUUAUCGGGUACGAUUUUCUCUUGCAAUCAAGGUCGUUUCAUUUCAUCUGCUCGGCAGAUAGAUGUGCUGACAUGAUCCAACAGUUGGAGAAAGUUCAAGGCAUUGCUUACGAUAAUCCAAACUCUGCGGUUAUUUGUUGGGAACCUGUUCCUUACCUGUGCAUCCCAGAGAAUCUAUCAAGGUGCCAAAAAAUAUUAUCGAAGGUUGAUAUUUUAUCCCCUAACUCUGAGGAGGCUGCUCGGUUCUUUGGGGAGCCUGAACCGUUCACAAAGCCUGAGUUGGAGUCAUUGGCAGAUAGAUACAUUCCUUACCUAACCAAGGAGGGAAAUCAAGGUCUUGGAUCUGUUCUUGUGUUGAGAUGUGGUGAACUUGGAAUUUAUGUUUGUAGCAAGAAGGGCUACAAGAAAUGGUUUCCUGCCUAUCAAAUACUUAAUCCACUGCCUAAGGUACUUGAUUGUACUGGUGCUGGGAAUACUGCUUGUGGAGCAUUCGCUACAGCGCUACUCCUUGGACAUGAUUGGGAAACUGCUGGCGUGAUGGCCAGUGUUGCUUCCGGCCUCUGUCUUGAACAGUUGGGGGUUGCCAAGUUGUCAGGUAAAUCAGACUGGAAUGGCAGUGAUUUAAGAGAUAGAAUAGAUAUGUAUUUACAAUGGUCCAAACUAGAAACUACUACAGACAAAGUUUUAGAGGAUUUAGAAAAAUAG